GCCCCUCUGCACGUCAACACCCAAGCGCACUCUUUUCCCCACUCACUACUUAAGCGUUUGCGCAACCACACAGCAAUCAACCCCGCCACCACAACAAUCCACAAUCAUGGCCGAAGCUGCCGCAGCAGGCAACGUGCCCACCUUCAAGCUUGUGCUUGUCGGUGAUGGCGGUACCGGAAAGAACAGACGACCUUCGUCAAGCGUCAUUUGACCGGAGAGUUCGAGAAGAAGUACAUCGCGACGCUCGGUGUCGAAGUGCACCCCCUCGGCUUCACCACCAACCUCGGCCCCAUCCAGUUCGACGUCUGGGACACUGCAGGUCAGGAAAAGUUCGGUGGUCUCCGUGAUGGAUACUACAUCAACGGCCAGUGCGGUAUCAUCAUGUUCGACGUCACCUCGCGUAUCACAUACAAGAACGUCCCCAACUGGCACCGUGACUUGGUCCGUGUUUGCGAGAACAUCCCCAUUGUCCUUACCGGCAACAAGGUCGACGUAAAGGAGCGCAAGGUCAAGGCCAAGUCCAUCACCUUCCACCGCAAGAAGAACCUCCAGUACUACGACAUCUCGGCCAAGUCCAACUACAACUUCGAGAAGCCCUUCCUCUGGCUCGCCAGGAAACUCGUCGGCAACCAGACCCUGGAAUUCGUUGCCGCGCCUGCCCUUGCGCCUCCCGAGGUCCAGGUCGACCAGGCCGUGCUCGAGCAGUACCAGAAGGAGAUGCAGGACGCCGCUUCCAUGCCCCUGCCCGAUGAGGAUGACGCCGAUUUGUAGAUAUACCAACAGUGCGCUCGCCCAGGCGCUGUAAUGGGUAGCAUGGAAACGAGUCAUGGAACUCAAUGGAAUGCGACGGAUGAGCGACAGCGUUCGCUCCGGAUAUCAUUAGCGAAAACGGGGCAAGACACGGUAGGCGGAGGCUUUUCUUCCGAUGCGGAGCGCCGGACUAGCUGGCGUCUCCCCAUAAAUGAACAAGAAUUAGACAGCACUUAAUCUUGGACAAUCCAUCUGGACUGCAAUCACGA